AAGCUGAAGGACGUCUGAACAGCAGCUCAAUUACUUUUGAGUAUAUUUUCCUGUGUUUUAUGCAAAUGUUGACAUUAUAAACCAAGGCAAAUGUAUACUGUGAUUGUUUUUACUAUGUAAAUCGCAUUUUCAUGUUCAUGUAAGCAGUAAGAUACAGUGAAGAUGGCGACAGGUCCUGAACCACCUUUUGAAAUGUCAGAGAUCAGCUCCAGUCCAGAUGAUACAGUGAUCCGGAUUGUUUUGAUGGGCAGUAAGGGUUCUGGGAAAAGUUCAUCAGGAAACACUAUACUAGGAGAAAAGAGGUUUAAAGUCCACAAACACAAGAAGAAAAAUGAAGCUGAAGUUUGUGAGGGUAAAACACAGAUGGGAGAGAAUCAGGUGCAUGUGAUUGAUUGUCCAGAUCUCCUGGAUCCAGAUCUGAAUAAAGAGAAGCUGGAGAUGAUGAAAGAGCAGCUGGUCUCUCUAUGUUCAGCAGGUCUCAGUGCAGUUCUGCUCACCGUUCCUCUAGAGGAACCUGUGCAAAAUGAGGAAGAGAUCCUGGAUUUUAUCAAGUGUUUAUUUGGUCCUGAAGUUCAUAAGUAUAUCAUGAUUCUGUUCACACAUGAGGAUGAUUUGGAGGAUCUGGAUGAACUGCAGACCAUUGAUGAAUAUUUACAAAACCAUGCAGAUCUCCAGCAGCUGGUGACAGAAUGUGGAGGAAAGUUUCACUGUUUCAAUAACAGGAGUAAAUCUGAUGGUCAGAAACAAGAACUACUGCAGAAGAUUGAAGGAAUGAUGAUGGAGAACAGAGGGAAAUUUACCUUGGAACUAAUGAGAAGAUCAAGCAUGGAUGAUCCUGGUGUCAAGUUUUCAGGUGACAGUUCAACAGAUGAAGUUUUACAUGAGCAACAGAUUCCUGAGAGGAAAGAUCAGAUCCGGCUGGUUCUGCUGGGAAAAACUGGAUGUGGGAAAAGUGCCACAGGAAACACCAUCAUCGGCAGAAACGUGUUUCAGUCCUCCAUCAGUUCAAAGUCUCAGACAAAACAGUGUCAGUCAGAAACUACAGUGAGGUUUAGUAAAGAGAUCUCAGUGAUUGACACACCUGGACUUUACGAUACUAAACUCGAUAAAGAGGAAAUUAUUACGGAAAUAGUGAAAUGCAUAACGUUAUCCUCUCCUGGACCACAUGCUUUUAUUAUCAUCAUUAAAGUGGGUCGAUUCACUGAGGAGGAGAAAAAUACAAUAAAGGAGCUCAAAGAAGUGUUUGGAGAGCACAUCGAAAAACACACCAUGAUCCUCUUCACUCAUAAAGAUCAGUUAGAGGAGGAAAAUAAAACCAUUGAAGAGUUUCUACAGAAUGGUGAUCCAGAUCUUAAAAACCUUGUGGACAGUUUUGGAAACCGAUUCUUCUUUCUGGACAACAAGUCUGCCAGUUUCCCACAGUUCAAAGAUCUGAUCGGUAAAAUAGAGGCGAUGGUGGCAGAAAAUAAAGGAUCGCACUUCACCAAUGACAUGUUUGAUGAAGCAGAGAAGUACAUUCAGGAGAUUCAGAAGGCAAAACUAGAUGAGAAAAUUAAUCAGCACAAACGGGAGCACAAACGGCUCACUCAAACAGAAUGGCAGAAAAUAUACUGGCGUUUAGUAGAAGAAUCACGACGAGAAGCUAAGCAAUAUUUUUCUGACCUUUUCAAAAGUCUGUAUAUUAUUCCUGAUUUAUACAUAUCAGAUCUAGCCCAGUUUACAGGGAAGAUAAGAGUGACCGACGAGGAGAGAGCAAGUGCCAUAAAGGAGGCCCAGAGCAUAGGAAUUAGUCGUAGGAAGGCAGUUUUUCUUGCAUUCAGGGCUACAGGGACACUAGCAAAACAGAAGAUGUGUCUGAUUCAGUAAAACAUCAUAAUGAUAAGACACACAAUAUGCUAAGAGGUCAAUCCAUCUCAAGAAGUCCAGUGAAGGUUACUUGACCAUACUUGAACAAUCUCAGAGUCAUUAUGCCGAUCAAUUCGGUUCAGUGUUGAUUCAGUUCAGUUCGAUUACUAUGUAAAGUUUAUUCAUUAUAAAACUAAUUUGAUUAAACUAAUAAGCAGAAAUUUACAGCUAAAUGAGGGUCUUUAAAUCUGGAAAAAGUUGGCAGUUGUAAAUAAAGAACAGCUGAUUAACAGUGUUCAGGUGUACUGAAAGUAUGUCAAUAUAUAAACACACAUUACUGUAAUAGAAAGGAGACCUUUCACUUAGAGCUACAGAGAUGACGCCACUGAUGGAGACAUCUGACGCUGUGAAACAGUGAAUUCAUUGGAGGCGACCUUGGAGAAGAGGAAAGAAAGGAGGAAUUCGACAACAACUCCAGAACUGGGGAAAUAAACCACCACUAAUGUACAUGAUAUGAGCAAUAUGCCGUCUCCGAGGAACAAAAUAGAGGAAUUGCGCACAACUUGUAGGAUUUGUCAAGAAUAUUGUGAGUCCUGCUUGAUGUGUUUACAGAGACAUGGCUGCGCUGUGAUGUCCCCAACUCGCUGGUUGAACUUGAGGUUUUUACUUGUUCGAGCAGACAGGGAUGAGACUUCAUGGAAUACAAGAGGUGUUUGUGUCUAUAUCAGAGAACAGCGAGAGAGUCGUUGUAUAAUCCAGAUGUGGAAUUACUGAAC